UGCCAUUUAUAGUUGGUGAGACAUACUUUAGUGCAUAUACAACUAAAAUCGCAUAUAUAUGAGAUCUCGUGCAUUGCAUAAUCCCACAACAAAAUGUGAUGGAACAUGGUAAUCCUCAUGGCCUUGGGCACAACUUGCGUUCAGAUUUUCAAGGGCCGCCGGGGGCGCACCAGGCACCACGCGACGUGCAGUGCUCUUCCCAUUGCUGGACCCUACCUCCUGCUGAGCCGUUUCCAAGAUGGGCAGCAAACAUCAAGUACAACCCAACUUUCGCCAACAGACCACACAGUUCACACAGUUGGAAUCGCUCUCGACAUGUAUGCUCACACUUGAACCCUUCUCAAAAAAUCAAGGUCAAUUGGUCAUCACGCUUGGUUGAAAAGCUAGUGACUCGAUGCUACCGUGCGUUAGAUUAUGAUUGAAUGCCUCUAAGUUAGAAACCGGGCUAGACCGAUGCAUUCGAGACAUAUAGAGCUCGAAUGAAAGAAGAAGAAGAAGAAGAAGAAAGAGUCAUCUAAAAGACUUGAUAAUUUAAUAAUGACAAAACAAGAAUUAGGGUAUACAAUGAUUUAAAUGCUUACUAUUUAUAGAUCAACCUUAUGAAAUUCUAGUUGGUGCCUACUGCCGAUGUGUUAGGUAUUAGUUGUAGCUUUAACCAGAUUUUGGAAUGAAUAAUUGCAUACUAUAUGUUAUAAUUAUCGUUUUGUUAAUGACUGUUAAUGGCGAUCGUUCUAUUUUGUCUAAGUUGUGUUUUUUGUUUGGGUUGGUAUAGUUUUGUUUUUUGAUUUAUGCAUAUGGUCUAAGUUGGUCUAACAUUGGUGUUAAGACCCGGAGUUCCAUCCUAAAAGGUCAACCUGAUAGGAGGAGUAGCCCGGAUCUUAAUAUAGUGUUUAAUCAUUCCAAAGAUGUCCGGUGUGGGACAUUUAACACCCCUCCUCACGACCAGACACUUCGUCUGGAUCGUGUCAUCAUUCAUAUUUUUUUUCAUUGGUCCGUUUUUUUUCAUCCGACCGUAAUUGUCAUUUUUUUAUAAUCGUGUCAUCACGAUUCAUAAGGGGCUCCCACACCAUGGAUCGAUUUGGCUCUGAUACCAUGUUAAGACCCGGAGUUCCAUCCUAAAAG